GGAAGCCGCGUGUAACUGGGCCGUUCUGACUAACUGCCGCUCGCGCUACGUCUGGCCCGAUCCAAGACCUACAAUGCGAUACACUGAUGUCGGUUCGUCGCCUCUUGUGGGCGAAAGCGCGAACAACGGCCAGAUUGGUCAGGCAGAUAUCGGCGAGCAUCGCCGUGAAAGGCGUGAAUCUUCAGAAAAUGAAGCAGCAAGAAAAAAGAGUCGUGGACAGCUCGUGCAACGUAUGAUUCGCGAGAGCUUUGAAGAGACUGCAUUUCCUUUAUCAGAUUACGAUGCGUGCCACGCUUGCUGGGGAAACAUCGCAGGUCCGCGGCCCCAAAAUAUUCGGUGGCUCACCCAUUUCAACACUGGAAAACAAACUGAAACCGAUACACAAGAAACCCUUCAUGGCGGGAGCAGCGCUGGUGACUGUGAAAAUGAAAUGUGGGAGUCGAAAUCUCCAAGCCUGUCACCACCCUUAACGUUUCAUGCAGGAAAUGAAGCAACCACGGGACAGGAAGCAUCGCAAAAUGAAGUACAAGAUAUGGUUUCUAUGGUGCGUGUACAAAUUCGCAAGUCGGCGAAAAACUGGCGCACACUUACGGGGGUCGUUCCAGAAAAUGAGCUUGUUGUGUUCAGUAACGCUGGAUCACCGCUGCUGCAACACAAUGAUUGGGAGAAGGUGGUACAUUUACGACAGCGUGUCCAGAAGAGGCUCCCGGAUAUUGAGGAGGCAACAAAAAAAGUGGAUGAUGCAGCUAAAGGAACACUCCCUUCUCCGACGGGAAUGGCCUCUAAUCUAAACGGUGAAGCUCUCUCUCAUUUGGGGGAGCACCAAACUGAGACUGAGUGCUCAUCUGUCAGAGAUAUGAGUGGAGGGUCUUCACAGCGGCAGCUUUUGUUUGACAUGCUAGCUGAGGAAAUGUCAUGCACAGAUCUCGCGCCGCCGAUCCCGGUCAAAGUCGUGGAGCCAGGUUCGUCCUCUCCUAACAUGGACACUUCAGGUUCUACGAAUGUUCCUGUCCAGAGCAAUACUCCAGCGGUCUGCGAGCAGGGGGCGGAUCUUGAAUUCCCGCCACUGAUUGACGAGCAUUUGCGAUGUCACAUUUGCGUUGAGGAAUUGCGGGGAUUGCCUGAUCUUACUAUGAGCCAGACAAUCUGCAUCUCCGACGCUGAGGAAGGUGCUGUAUUUUGGUACUUUCGCCAACGCGACACUGCUGCAGGAGAUGACGCAGAAAAAGACAGAAGUACCUCAAGGUGGAAACCGUGGCAGGAGUUCCGUGUACCAUGGCCGAUGAACGUUUAAGGGGGUGCACUCUUGUCCAAUAUAACGACCUUUUCGAAGACAUUUUCUGCUGCAGAUGUAGCAAAAAGCCACUUUUGUUCUUCUUUUGCUCACGUUUUUUGGCGAGCAGGACACUGACAUUUUGGUAGGACGCAAUUGCGUUUCGUUGUACAGAUUUUCGUUUUGUUGUACUUCGCAACGAUAUUUAUUAGCUGUUUAGGAAUACCC